AUGGAGAGAGUCAAUCAUUGCUGCCCUACAGCUGUGUGUGCAGAGGGACGGCAAAACCAGAAAUCCAACUGCUCCACAGAGCUGCACAUUAAUCCAGAUCUCAAUGACAACCAGAAGGUCCAGACUGCAGCAGUGGACACUGAGCCUGAUACUAUUGUAUUGAUCUGGAUGUGGCCAUUUGACGGAAGGUUUGAUCUCAGCUGCAGUAUUUUUAAUAUCAAAAGAUGCCACCUGACAGAUGACAAGUCUCUGUACCACAAAGCCCACGGGGUCCUCUUCCACCACAGGGACAUUUAUCCAUCAAGAUUUCCACAAGGUCCACGUCCCUGCUUUCAGAAAUGGGUGUGGUCAAAUAUGGAGUCGCCUGCAAACUCAGCUCCAAUCCCGCAUUUUAAUCACAUAUUCAACUUGACAUGCAAUUAUCGGCUUGAUUCAAAUAUUCCUGUGCCUUAUGGGUAUCUGGUGCCAGUGACACCUGAAGAUGAGAGUUUCAAAUUGCCAGCAAAGGACAAGCUGGUCUGUUGGGUUGUGAGCCACUGGAAGUGGAACCAUAAGAGAAUUGGUUUCUACUAUGAAAUGGCAAAACACAUCAAGAUUCAUACUUACGGAAAGGCAUUUGGCCAAGAUCUCAGCGAACAAGAGUAUUCAAAUACAGUUUCUAGUUGUAAAUUCUAUCUCUCCUUUGAAAACUCCAUAUACAAAGACUAUAUCACAGAGAAGUUAUACAGACCUAUGAGUUUAGGAACUGUACCAGUAGUUCUGGGCCCUCCGAGACAAAAUUAUGAGGACCAUAUCCCAGGAGAGUCUUUCAUUCAUGUCAAUGACUUUUCUACUCCAAAGGAGCUGGCAGAGAGGCUCAUUUACCUUGACCAAAACAAAUCUGAGUAUAUGAGAUACUUAGACUGGACAAGCAAGCUUAAAGUAAAAAUGUCUGUGUUUGGCAGAGAACAAGCUUGCAAAACUUGUCAAUAUUUACAAAAUCACAGAGGUUAUGAAGCUUUUUGUGAUCUCAACAAAUGGUACUGGGGUUAA